AGGCCAGGGACCUGAAUGACUGCUGUGAUUUGCUGCGUGAGUGAAUCUGUUUUAGCUCUGGUUGCCAAGAAGCAUGUCUCAUUUCAUCGAUAUCAUACAAAGAAAACGGGAUGGAGGUGCACUCAGUAAGGAGGAUAUCAAGGACUUUGUUAAGGGUAUCAGUGAUGGAGACGCGGACAGGGCUCAACUAGGUGCCCUUCUAAUGGCCAUUAGAUUAAAGGACAUGACCCUUGAGGAAACUAUCCACCUUACGGACGCCAUGGUGCAUUCCGGGGAGACCUUUCAGUGGCCUGAGGAAUGGCAGGGCGUCAUGGUGGACAAGCACAGCACCGGGGGUGUCGGAGAUAAAGUCAGUUUGCCGCUUGUCCCAGCACUGGCUGCGUGUGGACUAAAGGUCCCAAUGAUAUCAGGACGAGGCCUCGGACACACUGGCGGUACCCUGGACAAACUAGAAGCGAUCCCUGGGUUCACCAUUUCGCAAAGCUCCCAAGAGAUCCGUCACAUCCUCGAGACAGUCGGGGGCUGCAUCGUAGGACAGACGGAAAAAAUCGUUCCAGCGGAUAAGAUCAUGUACGCUACAAGACACAUCACUGCCACGAUCGACUGCUUGCCACUGCUAACAUCGUCCAUCAUAUCGAAGAAGAUUGCUGAGAAUCUCUCAGCGCUUGUCCUCGAUACUAAAUUUGGUAAAGGGGCUUUUUUGACUGCCAAAGCAGAUGCAAAGCAGUUAGCACAUAAUAUGGUGGACGUAAGUAAUGGCCUAGGUAUCAAGACGGUAGCAGUUUUAUCAUCCAUGGAUGCCCCGUUAGGGCGUCAUGUUGGGAACGCACUCGAGAUCAAGGAGACAAUACAAUGUCUUCAGGGAAAAGGGCCAACAUCUCUGGAGGAAAUGGUGACACUACAAGGUGGGAUCUUACUGCAUAACACGGGCAGCGCGACAUCAAGAAAAGAAGGGGCAAAGAAGAUACACGACCUCCUUCAUAAUGGAAAGGCUUUAGCAGUGUUUGAGAAGAUGUGCAUAGCUCAGGGAGUGAACGCAAAUGCUGCCAAAAAGCUUUGCCUGGAUCCUUUCUCUGUCAUGAGAAAGGCGAACCAUGUGACAGAUUUCAGGACAAGCGCAGAAGGUUACAUCCACGAGAUUGAUGCAAUGGACAUAGCAAAGGCUUGUGGGGCUCUUGGUGCUGGGAGAUCCAAGGCUGGCGCUCCUAUCAACCAUUCCGUCGGAGUAGAAAUACAGGUCGAAGUAGGCGACAUGGUGGAGAAAGGGCAGACCUGGGUAAAAGUUCAUCACGACGAUGACGACCUUGACACUAAAGUCGCUGACCUUCUAACAAGGUCAUUGGUGAUUAAGCCAGAUGUCAGGCCCGCAUUUAGCCGAGUGGAUGAAAUUAUAGAGUAAUGAAACCGAUGUAGCGCCAAUAAAUCAUAAGCCAUUUUAUAGAACGCAAAUAUAAUUCUCUUGUCUAUUAUUUAUCAUUGUGUGUUUCACACAA